UUAAAUCUGAUAAAUUUGUUCAACACUGGCCUCGGAACAUAUCAAAAAUUAUGUAAAUGGGGCUGAUAGCGAGCCAUUUUUUUCUUUGGGGGAUUUUGCAAUGCGUGUCUGACUGGAAGUUGAUUCUUAUACGCGUUGGCACGGCUGCGUGUGUGCUGUGCAAGCCCUACCAUAAUGCGAGGAAGGAAAAGGAAAGACAAGAGUGGCGGGCGCACACUCUCCUUGGAGUGGAGAACAAGUAGUUCGAAGGAUUGAGCUCUAUUUGAACUCACACCGAGCCGUGGUCAUUCCCUCUUCACGCUCCGGCCUGGCACCACACCACUCAGUCUGCUCUCUUUGCAACGACAGGAUGGACACAAACGAGUUUAAAGAAUUUGCGAAAAGCAUGGCGGAUUUUAUCGGCAAUUAUCUGGAUAACAUCAGAGACAGACGCGUUCUACCCACAGUAGAGCCUGGCUACAUCCGCCCUCUGUUGCCCGAAACCGCUCCCGAAGAAGGCGAAAAGUGGCAAGCCGUGAUGGAUGACCUGGAGAAGGUUAUCAUGCCCGGAGUGACCCACUGGCACCAUCCUCAAUUCCACGCGUAUUUCCCCACUGCCAACAGCUACCCAGCCAUCGUCGCAGAUAUGCUCUCAGGGGCAAUCGCUUGCAUUGGCUUUUCUUGGAUUGCCAGCCCAGCGUGCACGGAGCUAGAGGUGAUUAUGCUCGACUGGCUAGGCAAAAUGCUUGACUUGCCGGCUGACUUCCUCGCCUGCUCGAACGGCAAGGGCGGUGGUGUGAUUCAGGGCACUGCUUCAGAGGCAUCUCUGGUAGCCCUGCUCGGCGCCAAAGCUAAGGCCCUGAGGAAGGCCAAGGAGCUGGAGCCGGACACACCCGAGGCCGUCUUAACCUCCAAGCUUGUUGGCUAUUGCUCUGACCAAGCUCACUCGUCUGUGGAAAGAGCCGGUUUGCUGGGUGGCGUGAAAUUGCGCUCCGUCGCUGCUGGGGAUGACUACCGCCUCCGUGGUGAAGCCCUGCGCACUGCUAUCAGGGAGGACAAGGAAGCUGGACUUACGCCAUUCUUUGUCGUCGCCACUCUCGGCACGACAAACUGCUGCGCUUUUGACGACCUGGACGAGAUUGGCACCGUGUGCCGCGACGAGGACGUGUGGUUGCACGUGGAUGCUGCUUACGCCGGCUCGGCCUUCAUUUGCCCUGAGUUCAGACCCCUGAUGAAGGGUAUCGAGAAGGCCGACUCUUUCAACUUCAACCCGCACAAGUGGAUGCUGGUCAAUUUCGACUGCUCCGCUAUGUGGCUGAAAGACCCAACCUACGUCGUCAACGCCUUCAACGUCGACCCUUUGUACCUCAAGCACGAGCAGCAAGGCAAUGCCCCCGAUUACAGGCACUGGCAAAUCCCCCUCGGCAGACGAUUCCGCUCUCUGAAGCUGUGGUUUGUGAUGCGCAUCUACGGGGUCAAAGGGUUGCAGGCUCACAUCCGCAAGCAGGUGGCUCUGGCCAAGCAGUUUGAGGGUCUCGUUCUGAAGGACAACCGCUUUGAACUGGUCUGCCCUGCUUCCAUGGGACUCGUGUGCUUCCGAUUGAAGGGGAGCAAUGAAAUGAAUGAAAUCCUCCUGAAGAAAAUCAACUCACACGGCACAAUUCACUUGGUGCCAUCUAAGAUUAAGGACAAGUACUUCUUGCGGAUGGCAGUCUGCUCUCGCUUCUGCCAACCGACGGACAUGGAGCUCGCCUUUAACGAGGUCGUCUCUCUGGCGUCAGAGCUCACAAGUAUCUUAUCUUAGACUUAUGAACCUUAUUCUGGUCUGCAAUCCAGCAAAUAAUGUUCCGCAAGCUAUAGUUGAGAGCAAAAUGUAGUAGUUGUAUAGGCGCAUGUAGUAUGUGAACAAUAAUCCAAUGACAAUACACCGCAAUACUUUAGAUGUUGUUUGGCCUCCUGUAAUUAUUGAAUAAUUUUCAUUGCAUCAUUUGAAUUAGUCGAAACCGAGUUAUUGUGUAAACGUAUUUGUGUUUAAUAGAAUUUAUUGUAAAACACAUAGCAUUUAGCCUCAGUGAUCAUUUUCAUCCAUAACAUAAUUCAUGUAUUUAUUUCAGUAGUAAUAAAAAGUUUAUCGCUAUAUAAAAACUU